CUUGCGUGACUUUCAUUCUUUUGUUUCCGUUUCUUUCUCGAAAGUUUGGGAUUUGGAAUUUGAAAUUGUUGUGUUUGGGGUAGAAUUAGGGUAUUCUCUCGAGAAAAUGAAAGAAAGUGUUGGCAACCCUUUGCACCUAAAGUCUGUGAACCACAUCUCUCUCAUCUGCACAUCCGUGGAAGAAUCUAUGAACUUUUAUCAGAACUUUCUUGGAUUUUUCCCUAUCAGGAGGCCAGGAUCAUUUGACUUUAAUGGGGCGUGGCUUUUUGGCUUUGGGAUUGGAAUUCACUUGCUGCAGGCUGAGGAUCCAACAAACAUCCCAAGAAAGACUGAAAUUAAUCCAAAAGAUAAUCAUAUAUCAUUCCAGUGUGAAAGCAUGGGGGCAGUGGAGAAGAAGUUGAAGGAGAUGGGUAUUGGUUAUGUGCGUGCAAUGGUAGAGGAAAGUGGGAUCCAAGUGGAUCAGCUGUUUUUCCAUGACCCAGAUGGGUUCAUGAUUGAGAUAUGCAAUUGUGAUAGCCUUCCUGUGAUACCCUUAACAGGUGAGAUGGUUAGAUCCUGCUCACGUGUGAACCUUCAGAUGCUUCAGCAGCAAAUACAACAAGUUGUUCAGCAACAAUAAGGUCAAGGGAGUGACGAAAGUACGUGGAAAAUUAAAGUUGCAUAUAUCCUCCUUUUUAUGUUCUCUACUUAUCAACGAGUCAUUUUCUUCUUGAUGUUUGCAUUCCUUUGAUGUAGUAAACAAUAUCCUAGUUGUUCCUAAUAAAAUAAGUAUUGUUUCUUGUG